UCGAUAGAGAUAUGUGGCAAAAAAUAGAGAUACUUGCCACUCGCGAACGGCGUUGAUGUCACACGACAGUUUCGCACACUUUACGACAGAGACUCAGCAGGCCACACGACAGUUGCGCACAUUUUACGGCAGUGGCUGUCAGAGGUGAUGAGAUUUGAUCUGGCCUCUGUAGGAACUCUGAAGGUUUUCUGUCUGACAGUUGUGUUGAGUGUUUUGAUGUUGCCGGUUCUGCGGCGGGUUCUAGGAUUUCGAGCGUUCUCCAUGGCAUCAGAAACUUACUCAUCUGGUACCCACUCUGCUGCCUUCGUCACCUGUCCUAAUGACACAGUGGCCAAAGAGCUUGCCAGAGGAAUCGUGGAGAAGAAACUGGCUGCAUGUGUGAACAUCGUACCUCAGAUCAUAUCUGUGUAUGAGUGGCAGGGGAAGAUUGAAGAAGACAAUGAAGUUCUGCUUAUGAUUAAGACGAGAAGUUCAAAGGUUCCUGCUCUUGCUGAAUAUGUCAGGUCAAAUCAUCCGUAUGAAGUGGCAGAGGUGAUCAGUUUGCCGAUUGAUCAGGGAAAUCCUCCGUAUCUGAAAUGGAUCGGUGACGUUGUGCCGGAGUGAUGCGAGCGUUCGGUUCACUCGCUGUACUUCAGUUACUACAGCUGUUAAACACACAUGAAAAAAUAUCACCUUGAGUUUCUUUCAUUUGCUGCUUUCUAAAAUGUUUGUCAUUUGAAUAGCAGAAAGUCAAAUAUUAAAGGUGAUGUGAGCACUUUAUGUGAUGUGAGACAGAUUUAUUUGUAAGCAUUAUUUUCAUUUGUAUUAAAGGUUUUAAGUCGACGGAUGCCUAAUACAUUUAUGUGUAUUCUCAUUUGAAAGUGUUAUUAUUGUCAUUUAUUCAACAGAAAGUCAUGUGCUCAUAUUAUUCUGCUCCUGAUCUGAUAUAUAAGAUUAUAUAGAUUAUAAGUCAUCCAGGCUGAUGUUAAAUUAACACACAACCCAUUCAUGUGUAUACUGUAUAGAGAGCAACAGUUCAGAUAAAGAUGAUGUCUGUCUUGUAUGAACAAACCUGACUGCAGACUUGUGUUCAUUCAUACAGAAAUCAAAUCAAAUAUACAGCUGCGGAAAAAAUAAAGACACUGCUCCAGUUUUAACUUUAA